UCUUCCAGAAUUAAGAGGUUUGUGUAAUCCCUAGCACAGCCCAUUUCCGCAAUGCAUGGCUAUAGCCGCUUGAGCACUUCGCGUUCCAGUCUCUCGCCGUCGCCACCGUCAUCGCCUCGGUAUCGGCAACUAAGGAGUCUGAGUGGCAGUGAUAGUGGUAGAGGUAGCGUUGGUUUUAGUGUUCGUGACCCGAAGCAGAGCAGCAGCAGCAGCAGCAUUAUGGAGAAAUUGGUUUUUCUGAUUUUGUCGGCGGUGUUCAGAAGGAAAGGGCUACUUCUGUUUGCUCCUUUGUUGUAUAUUUCGAUGAUGUUAUUGUAUAUGGGGUCUGUGAAUUUCGACGUUUCCAUUUCCAAUCUCAAAACCAGGGUUGUUUCAGUUAAUAAACGCCCUCCGUCGGGGUCUGUGUAUAGGAGUCCUCAGGUUUUUGAGAAGCUCUGGCCGUUCAUGGAAGCUGAGACACGAAAUAGCUCCACACAUGCGUUGUCAACUGCAUGGAACUCGAGAGUGCACCAUGUUUGGAAACCAUGUAUCAAUAGAAGCACUUUGACAGUGUUGCCAAACUCGAACGGUUUUCUUAUCAUUGAAGCAAAUGGCGGGUUAAAUCAGCAAAGGUUGUCGAUAUGUGAUGCAGUUGCAGUGGCUGGACUACUGAAUGCUUCUCUUGUCAUUCCAAUAUUUCAUUUGAAUAGUGUUUGGCGAGAUUCAAGCAAAUUCGGUGAUAUUUUCGAUGAAGAGUUUUUCAUACAAGCACUAAGCAAGCAUGUUAAUAUUGUGAGAGAGCUCCCAACUGAUGUACUGCAGCAGUAUGAUAACAAUAUAAGCAGUAUUGUGAACUUGAGAGUGAAAGCAUGGUCAAGCCCAAUGUACUAUUUGCAUAAAGUCCUUCCGAAGCUUUUGCAAUUGAGGGCUGUGAGGAUCGCCCCAUUCUCCAAUCGGUUGGCUCAUGGAGUUCCUCCAGAUGUUCAAGCACUUCGAUGCUUAGCCAAUUUUGAAGCUUUGAGGUUCGCAGAAUCUAUAAGAACGCUGGCCGACCUCAUGGUUGGUCGAAUGAUAAAAAAAAGCUCUCAGAGUGGAGGAAAAUAUGUUUCUGUGCAUCUUCGUUUCGAAGAGGAUAUGGUUGCAUUUUCGUGCUGUGAAUACGAUGGCGGUGAAGAAGAGAAGCACGAGAUGGACCUGGCUAGAGAACGGAGCUGGAGAGGAAAAUUCAGACGAAGAGGGAGAGUAAUAAGGCCUGGUGCUAAUAGGGUGGAUGGCAAAUGUCCUUUAACCCCACUUGAGGUCGGAAUGAUGCUUAGAGGAAUGGGUUUUGAUAAUACAACUGUCAUAUAUGUUGCAGCAGGAAAGAUUUAUAAAGCAGAAAAGUAUAUGGCUCCACUUAGGCAGAUGUUUCCACGUUUAGAAACGAAAGAUACUAUAGCUACUAAGGAAGAACUUGCUCCCUUCAAGGGCCACUCUUCCAGAUUGGCUGCUCUUGAUUACACAGUAUGUCUUCAUAGUGAAGUCUUUGUCACAACUCAGGGUGGAAAUUUCCCCCACUUUUUGAUGGGUCAUAGGCGCUAUAUUUAUGCCGGACAUGCAAAGACAGUCAAACCUGAUAAGAGGAAACUAGCAUUAACUUUUGAUGAUCCUAACAUACGAUGGAAAAACUUCGCGCAACAAAUGCAAGACAUGCUUCGCCACAACGAUCUAAAGGGAAUGGAAAUGAAAAAGUCGAGCGGAUCGUUGUACACAUUUCCCAUGCCAGAUUGCAUGUGCAAAGUACCGAAGACGAAGAACAACGGGUAAUCUUUUGGACAUACAGACAGAUUUUUUUUGGUCUCCAAAGGUACACAAUUUACUUAUACCUAUAAUUUUUGCAUUGUAUUAUUAUGCAAUUGGAACGCAUAAAUAUUCUUUGAUGUAAGUGGAGAGGAUAGUUUUGUAGGCUGUGAUUUUGUGGGGUCACUUUAGCUGCUGGAAUUGGUUCACUGACACAAACAUUCAUUGUAUAUGCAAAAAAAACAUAACAUUCUGAUGUCAAAUGAUUUGAAGAUAUUGUUCUUUUUA